AUCCGUGUGGAUUUCUCUCUUAAGCAUACAAAACAAAGGCUCUUCUCUCACAGACUGCAGAACUGAAACUUUCCCAAUGCCGCCUUCAUUUCUCUUCUCUCUCUAGAAGAAUCUGAUUUCCCUCUGUCUAUCUAUCUACACACAUACAGCUAUACGUACACUUUGUGAAAACGCAUCACAUCAAUAUAUUCAGAGAGAGAGGACGCAAUCGGAGUCCAAGAUCUCCGCCAUUUCCUCUGCCGUCACUUCUAAAUUCAGAUCGGAGGAAACUGAAGAGUGACGGUGCGGUUGUUGUGCAUGCGCACAGACAUACAUAUAUGUUCGAUGUUGGGAUCGGGUUUGUUGAAAUAGAUUUUGAUCUGCUCAUAUUUUGGUGGUUAUGGAGGAGAUCUAGAAGUUGUGAUUGUUUAAGAUUCAUUUAGUUCUGGGAGCUGUUGAUUUGUUAGGUCCUCUUUUAGUUUGUUUAGUUGUAAUUAAAAUUAGUGAAUAGGAAGGAAGUACAGAUAGGAGUGAGUUGGUUUUAUUCUGUAAGUUGCCCGGGAUGGAGACUUUAGUGGUUGUUGCUCAUCAUAGGAAUAACCAUCACUAUUAUGGUAGAAACCGGGGCCAUGGUGCUUCGAAAUUUGAGUCGUUUGGCUCACCUCCUUCGGGGAAUUUUCGGGCCAUUAAUUGCAGGACAUUUCAAUCUGGAGAAGGUCUACUCCCCACCCCAUUCACAUCUUGCCCCCCCUUGACCCCUGUUGCUAGAAAGGGCUUUUCCACUUCACUUUCUUACAAGACCCCAUCCCCAUCUCUUUAUGAGAACCAAAAGAUCUCGAAAAAAAUUGCAAAAAGCUGUACGACUCCCAUACCAAUUAAGAUCAAGUUGCCUAAAGAUAGAGAGUUCCAUUUAUCUGAGCGGUGGGCUGGACCUGCCUACUCGAAUUCACCUCCUCCGAGUUCUUUGCCCAUCCCCAAGUUCUCGAUGCACCCUAAAAGAACUGUGUCCCUGGACUUCCCUACUGUGGCCUCUGAUAUAGAUUUGCGUCCCAUUGCAAAAUCUGCCCCUGCUUCCCCAACCAGGGAGCGCAGCCCUUCUCCUAGUUAUCUGUUUGACAGUGCUGAUUCUGCUACUAAGACCCUUCGUCGCAUCCUUAAUCUUGAUAUUACUGAUGAAUGAAGAAGUGGUGGUGGUUAGUGCUCCUGUAGAUACAGAAAUUAAUGUACUUUUGUGGGCUACCGUGGAAUGUAUAUAUAAUAAGGAAGAUCAGUGGAGUAACUUGUUAAGAGAUUAGUUAGCAUUUCGUAACUGUGGUCGCAUGCUAGUGCAAGAGCUAUAAUAUCUGGUUGGUGGACUCUCUCUGAAGUCUCUGGAAAUUUAGUUUGUUUGGUUGGGAAUACUUGAUGUUGAUUUGGUUUGGUGGUAGCUCAGCCAUGGAUCUUCCCCUGGCAUAACUUGUGAAUGGAUGGUGGGGGUUGAUCAAGUGGCAUACUGUAGUUGAAUGAGGAUGGAUGGAAUUCACAGGAUUGUGGAAGUGACUGCGAGAAAGUAUAUUCAGCUUGGGAGAAGUAAAUGCCAUUGAAUUUGGCAAUUCCAAAGUCUCCAUGUAUAUUUUCCUCUCAGUUCGUUCUUCUCAUGGUUUCCUCUUUAAUUAGUUGUUGCUUAUACAAUCUGUAUAUACUGUAGAAUCAUAACUUGGUCAGUAUCAUUAGGAUUUUGUUUUUUCUCCUUUCCAGUCUGGUAUCUCAGCCCUGAGAUUUGACCAAUCUUCCAUCAACUUUCUUGUUUCCUUCUGUCAAGUACUUACCUUCGGCUUUCAGUUUAGUCUUUGUUUUCAUGGUUGCCUGAACUGGCUCAUCAUCUUCUGUUGUCAUAAAUCAUUUUCUUUUUUAGUUCUCUUUUAAAAUAGUUACUGGCUUCUAGAUCUUUCGGUUUCCCUUCACCAUGUUUUCUGGUUUUUGAAAAAGAAAAAUGGGAAGGGAGAUAGAGGUAGAUGAUCUCUUAGUUCUUAGCUCCUAUCAAUGUUGAGCCACUCUUGCAAUCUUUGCCUAUUAUCCUUCUUGGAUGUCCAUUAGAAAAUCCUUCUGCUUUUAGUUCUUAGGCAUGCUCUGUUAUGAGUUCUCCUGUAAGCUCCACAACCUGCUUCUCUUUUCUUGAAGUGGGUUAUAUUCCUUUUUUCUCGGUCUAGAGUUCCAUUUGACAUUGGAAAUUGUUGAUCAUACCAAGCGGUUCACAGUGAUUGUACAGGUAGCUGAUGGAAAUAAGAUUCUUGAGGAGAGGCUGGUUCAGUGAACCUUGUUGCAUCACUGAUCUUUACAGUUGUUGGCUAUUCUGUUCUGAUGUAUGUUAGUCUGCUACAAUAGUAUUAUGGAUUGUGUCUUUGGUUUUAUAUUUCCAAAAAGUAGGGAGCCCUCUCUUUAUCUGGUUAUGGGUGGUUGAACCUAUGUAGUGUUAUUCAUCUACUGCUGGGCAAAGUCCCUAGUUAUCCUUGUAUGGAUUGCUUUUUGUUACUUCUCCUUUAUCAGUAGAGUUGUGCUAGAAGUCUGAAUCAUGCUCUUCUUUUAUCUCGA